GUCCCCCGCGGUAGCAGGCACUGACGUGGCCGCCGUCAGAGCCGCCAUCUUGUGGGAGCGAAACCAACGCCUGCCUCCGAGCAGCAUCUGCGCCGCGGCCUCCGAGGGUUUCUCUGGCCAGUGUUGCUCCCACCGGUCUGCAGCAUGGGGAAUAUCUUUGCAAACCUCUUCAAGGGCCUUUUUGGCAAAAAAGAAAUGCGCAUUCUCAUGGUGGGCCUAGAUGCUGCGGGAAAGACCACCAUCCUGUACAAACUGAAGUUGGGUGAAAUUGUGACCACCAUUCCUACUAUUGGCUUCAACGUGGAGACCGUGGAGUACAAGAACAUCAGCUUCACUGUGUGGGACGUGGGCGGCCAGGACAAGAUCCGGCCUCUGUGGCGCCACUACUUUCAAAACACACAAGGUCUCAUCUUUGUGGUUGACAGCAAUGACAGAGAGCGUGUGAAUGAGGCCCGCGAGGAGCUCAUGAGGAUGUUAGCAGAAGAUGAGCUCAGGGACGCCGUUCUGCUCGUGUUUGCUAACAAACAGGUACGUGUGACUGAGCUACCCUGUGUGCUGGUGGGGGGUGCCUGUCAGGCAGCCAGCCUCCCAGGGCUGGAGGUCUGA